AUGCAUGCGUACAACAAUGGAUCCUGGGAUUAUGAUGGAAAUAGUGUGUUCUUCACCAACAGCAAUAUUUCUCUCCAAAGUCACACUGUAGAUGAUGAGACAAUGUUUCAGGCUGUUCUGAUGUCUUUCAUGAUCAGUGUGACAGGCACAGGGAAUGCACUUGUUAUACUUGGUUUUAUAAUCAACAAAAAACUCAGAACUCCAAGCAACUACUUUCUUUUAAACUUGGCCAUCAGUGACUUUUUCACAGGUACUUUUUCUCUUCCAUUGUACAUGAAGAAUUACAUUCUAAAUAAAGGAUGGGUGCUUGGAAAAAUUAUCUGUAAACUUUGGCUCGCUAUUGAUUAUACGUUGUGCCAGUGUACGAUAUAUAAUAUUGUUCUGAUCAGCUGUGAUCGUUUUCUGGCAGUCACUAAAGCUGUAAAAUAUAGAAAUCAGCAAAAUAAACUGAAACCAGCUUUCACAAAGAUGGCUACAGUUUGGAUUUUAGCCUUCUUAAAUUUUGGACCAGCAAUUAUUUUUUGGGAGUAUGUGGUGGGUUAUAGUUUGAUGCCAGAUGGUGAAUGUAACCCAGAAUUUUACUAUAGUGGACGAUAUUUACUCUAUUCGUCUGUUUUUGACUUUUUUAUCCCAAUGUCCGCAAUAGCCUUUUUUAACCUUAGUAUUUAUUUUAAUAUAAGAGGUCGAAUGAGGAGCAAAAUACAAAACAGUAGUCAUAGUGAAUCAUAUGAAGACAAGAGGAGCGAUGAUAUAUUUGUUGUUCAGCGCAGAAGAGUGAAGUUCCAGGAUGUGAAACGCUAUCUUCAGGAUUUACAGAUUCCCUACUCUAUGCUGUAUCUGGCCAAGCUGCGGGUGGUGGCGCACGGAGAGGUCUGCAUAUUUGAAACACCGAUGGAUGCAGCGCAGUGGCUGGAGACCAACGAACGUUCUCUUAAAUCCUUAACAAGCACGGGAUGA